AUGAAGAAAUCCCAUCACGCCAUCUUCAUCAAUCUUAAAUCAAACUUUGUUCUACUUCCUCGACAAGUUUCUGUCCUCACUCUCCCUGAUCACACCAGCAUCAUACACCAUGUCCUCAUCGACGGUCUUGAGCCAGAAACCAAGUACUACUACAGGUGCGGAGACAGCUCUGUUCCUGCAAUGAGCGAGGAGAUUUCUUUUGUGACUUUGCCACUUCCAAGCAAAGACUCUUAUCCUCAACGAAUUGGCUUUGUUGGGGAUUUAGGUCUUACUAGCAACACGACCACCACCAUUGACCAUCUGAUGGAUAACGACCCUUCGCUGGUUGUUAUUGUUGGGGACUUAACAUAUGCAAACCAGUACCGUACAACUGGCGGCAAAGGAGCUUCAUGCUUCUCAUGUUCCUUUCCAGAUGCACCUAUUAGGGAGACGUAUCAACCUCGCUGGGAUGCCUGGGGAAGGUUCAUGGAGCCACUGACCUCCAAGGUCCCAACAAUGGUCAUCGAAGGCAACCAUGAGAUUGAGCCUCAAGCUUCCGGUGUCACCUUUAAGUCAUACUCUGAAAGGUUUGCUGUUCCUGCUACUGAGAGUGGCUCCAACAGCAACUUCUACUAUUCUUUUGAUGCUGGAGGAGUGCAUUUUGUUAUGUUGGGUGCAUAUGUUGAUUAUAAUCAGACUGGAGCACAAUACGCAUGGCUGAAGGAAGAUUUGUCUGAAGUUGAUCGCGGGGUGACACCUUGGCUGGUCGCAACAAUGCAUCCACCUUGGUACAAUAGCUACUCCUCACACUACCAGGAGUUUGAAUGCAUGAGGCAGGAAAUGGAAGAGCUUCUUUACCAACACCGUGUCGACGUCAUUUUUGCAGGACAUGUACAUGCAUACGAGAGGAUGAACCGAAUAUACAACUACACGCUAGACCCAUGUGGGGCUGUUUACAUAACAAUCGGAGAUGGUGGGAACAUAGAGAAAGUUGACGUGGACUUUGCAGAUGACCCUGGGAAGUGUCCAUCCCCGGGAGACAACGUCCCAGAGAUUGGAGGAUCAUGCCCUUUAAACUUUACUUCUGGCCCUGCCAAAGGAAAGUUUUGCUGGGACAGACAACCUGACUGGAGUGCCUUCAGAGAGAGCAGCUUCGGCCAUGGAAUCCUAGAGGUCAUGAAUUCAACGCACGCCUUGUGGAGAUGGCAUAGGAAUCAGGAUGUCUAUAAAGACGACAGCUAUGGUGAUCAGAUAUAUAUUGUUCGUCAACCAAAUCUCUGCAUUUCCCCUGCAACAUCGAGGGAAGCAGGCGGAGGAAGAGAGACAUCAGGCGGCGAAAAUAGAUUUUCCUCUCCCUCAUUACCAAUUUUCAUUUGGAUAUUUCUCGUUUUUGGCAUUUUAUAGUUCCAUCGUGUUUGGGCAUUUUUGUAUAAAGCGUCGGUACCACAUCCAUGGUUUACUUUCUGAUUAAUUC